AAGGCCACCCGAUAAGUACGUGCGAAUGCACACGAGGGUGAAAAGGAGAGGGGGGGGGGGCGUGCAUUCUUUUGCACUCGGCCACCCAGGCAGGCAAAGAGACUGCUAGAGGCGCGUGCACAACCCGGGGAGGCGGAGGCGAGCCCUCUUUGCGCCCUGCCCUGCGGGCUCGUGCGCAGGGAGGAGGAGGAGGCGGCGCCCGCAGCGGCUUUGCACUCGCGCGGUAGCUGCCCGGCGGCUAUAAAGAAGCGGCCCAGAGGCUUCGGGGAACAACAGCUGAUUGGCCUGCUCCUCUUCUCCAAGCUGCCGACGGUGACUGCAAAACAGCCUCUUAGCGUGAUGGAUCCUCAGGACUGCCCAUGCGCUGAUGGUGGUUCUUGUACCUGUGCUGGUUCCUGCAAAUGCAAAAAUUGCAAGUGUACUUCCUGCAAAAAAAGCUGCUGUUCCUGUUGCCCAGCUGGCUGCGCCAAAUGUGCCAAGGGCUGUGUCUGCAAAGAACCUCUGUCGAAUAAGUGCAGCUGUUGCAGCUAAAAAUGCAGUGUUUUGUUCUUUGUAAAUAUUCUGUAUCAUCAAAAAGAUGAUUGUUUGAUCACAAUGAGUAUUUUGUAACUGUUUUGCAUGCUGGGGAGGGGGAAGGAAAAAUAAAAGCUGUGAUUUAACAGGAAA